UAUAUUUAGUGGUGAAUAUAUAUUUAAUGUAUAUUUCUACUGUUAAUGUGCUCCAUUGGUGAUGUAGUUGCUUACACGAGCUAAUUUUUGGAAGAGUCAAACUUAUGUUUGUUGUUUAUUAUUUUGAAUUUAUACCUUAUUUAUUACCAAUCAUUCACUGGUUGUUGGGAGUUGCAUAAUUAUUCAAAUUGCAACAUGAAAUUUGAAUUUAUUUCAUGAUUUGGUGGAAAUAAAUUGAUUUUUGGUGUUUGGGUUUAAAAUUGAAAUAUUGAACUGUUUUACGUUUCAAUUAGGCGUAUUCUUUUCUGCAUUGUGUAUGGUUAGGGUUAUCAUAUGCAAAUUAAGUUUUUCGUUUUUCGUUUUUCGUCUAAUCUAAUCGUGUUUUUAAUUCGAUCUGAUAUAGUUGCCUGAAAUUCCUAAAUAUUUAAUACAGUCCCUUGUUAAUUACAUUAGCAUUUCAUGUGAUUGUUUUUAAAUUAUUUUGCUUAAUCCACUUGAUAAUGUAAUGUGGAUAUAUUUUUAUCCAAGUGGCAAUGUUGAAUGUGGCUAAGAUGUCUGCAUAACCGAUGUAGUAGCUCUCGGAAAAAAAAAACGAUUUUUCUAAGGAAAUUACGGUAUCGAUAAAUUACGAAUCUAUAUUGUAUUGAUUUAUUCAGUAGCUGCCUGCGUAAAACUCGUAUGCUCACCAUGUAGCUUAAGUGUCGUAAAACGACUUUAACUGCAUAUUAUUUAUUUGGUAUUGGUUGUUUAUUCCGCCUCAGUUGCAAAGAUCGUGUACGGUGAGAAAAAUCUCCGAUGUUCGAAAUCCUGUUUUGAAGGAGGCUUCUUUGAUUUAGGAUUCGUUUCUUUUGUUCGACGGUGUAGUCGAAAACAACCUAGUAUUACGACGUUGGCUAUAGCUUAUCGUGUUUCAAACGAUGCAGCUCGCUGUUCUAGAUGUUUCGCAGCCGUUGGAUUCUUCGUCUCUGUCCUCUCUAGCUGCAGCCUGCAAAGAAUGGGGUUUCUUCCAAAUCGUCAAUCAUGGCAUCUCGAAAGAUCUGUUCGGCCAAAUCUACUCUCUGUCGAACGAGAUUUUCUCUCUCCCUUCCGAUUCCAAACUCAAACUAGGCCCCUCUUCAUCGAUCAAAACCUACACCCCUCCUUUCAUUGCCUCUCCUUUUUUCGAGAGCAUUAGAGUUGCGGGCCCCGCUUUUGCCGACUCUGCUCAGAGCUCCGUCGAUGCCCUCGGUGAACACGAUUCUCGGUUCAGUGAAGUGAUGCAAGAAUAUGGGAGUAAAAUGACGGAAUUAUCCAAGACAAUCGUUAAGGUUGUCUUAAAGACCCUCGGAGAUGGAUUCGAUACGAAAUUUUACGAUUCGGAAUUCAAUAACUGCCACGGCUACUUGAGGAUAAACAACUACACCCCUCCUAAUAACUUCGAAGAAGGAGAAACCGAGGGGCUGGGAAUGCACACGGAUAUGAGCUGUAUAACGAUCGUGUAUCAAGAUGAAAUAGGAGGGCUCCAAGUGAAAUCGAGGGACGGGAAAUGGAUGAACAUCGUCCCGUGUGAGGAAACCCUAAUCGUGAAUAUCGGAGACAUGAUGCAGGCGUGGAGCAACGAACGGCUGAGAUCGUCCGAGCAUAGGGUGGUGUUGAGGAAGCUCGUGAACCGAUUCUCUAUGGCUUUCUUUUAUUGCUUUGAGGAUGAUAAGGUUGUCUUGUCACCCGAUGAGGUGGUGGGGCCGCCGGAAGUUACGAGAAUUUACGAGGCGUUUGUUUGUUCGGAUUAUGUGAAGUUCCGGGAGAAUGUUGUGAAGGAGGGGUUCGAGAAAGUCGGUUUUACGGUUAGAGAUUUCGCAGGGGUUGUAAAGUCGGAAAAUGGAGUUUAGUUAUUUCCAAGAAUUUGGUAUGUGGAAAGUAUUUUAUAUGUAUUGUAUUAAUUUAAUUUGUGUGUGUUAUUGUUCAAAUUUGUUGAGAUUGAGAAUGAUUUGUGUAAGAGAAAUUAGUAGUAUAUGGUUAUUUAUUUUUUAUUUAAUUUUAUUUUUUAAAUGUGAAUGCAAUUUGUGUGU